GAUCUCAUAGAGGCUCUCUUCUUAGCGGAAGUUGGUUCGUAGUUAUCUGCCCCUGUUGGCACGAAUUGAUUUUUGUUCGGUGGAUUCGCAGACAAACCUCUUUUUUAAAAAACAGAAAUUCUUCAGGCUGACAACUUGGGCCUAACUGUGUGUCGCUUGGAUGUAUCCAGGUCAUCCUUAAAAGUAAUUUAGACCACAACCCAACGGCUCCUAAUUUUCGUGUUUGUCCUAUUCAUCUUUUUAUCUCCGCAAGUUAACAGAAAGCUCUAAAAAAAAAAGAGGUUCUGUAAAACAAGCAAAAAAAACAUUUAAAAAUUUUAUAAACUAAAAAAAAACAUCGAAAGAAAAGAAAAACAACGAAAAAGCAAAAAACAGAAAAAAGAAAAACAACAAAAAUCCGAAAAAAAAAGGAAAAGAAAAAAGUAAACCUCACAAUACAUACGACAAAGACAAAAUAAUUUCCAGAAAUUCUAAAUUAAGUAUAAAGUAAAAGGACAUAAAAAAAUAAUUACAGAAAUAUUAUUUAUUAUUAGCUAAUAGCUUCUAAAAGUAAUACAAACCACAGAAAGAAAAGAAAGAAGGAAUACGACAUCCGUGAAAGCCAAACCAAAAGCAGGAACGAAAGUUCUACAAGGUAGUUUAGAGAGACUAAGAGAUUAAAAGAGGAAGACAGAAAGAACAAGUGCAAGAAUGGCGGAGAGCCUGGAAGCUAAGAUUGAGAAAUAUUCUCAAGAAAACGUUUUUCUGCAUAAAUAUUGCAUCUUAAAGAAGAAAUGCGACACACUUCAGCAGUCCAAUGAAAGGAUAGUAAACCGUAUUCAGCAUGUGAAAAAACUCAUAAAAAGAUUCAAGAAAGAAAGACGGUUUUUAUCCAAUAAACUAGACGAACAUGGUGAUAACUACAGAGAGGCAUCUGUUCCUGUUAUGUGGGAGGAAGACCAGAUAUACCUCAAUGCUAACCAAACAAAGGUAAAGAGUCCACCGGAAUCAUGUGAAGAAGAGCCUCCUUCCAGAGUUGCUAAAGGGUCGUUGGGUUUCAGUAGUCUACUAGAAACGACGGGCAAAGGUCCACUGCCCUCAGCACUUGCUAAAGUGCGUAAAAUGAAGGCUGACAAGAAAGAUGGUGUUGCUGACAGCAGCAAGAAGCACCCAUCGAAAAAUGCAUUUCUGACAUUCUAUGAGCAUCAUAAAAAUAUUGUUCAGGAUGAGUAUUUCCAGAGAACUGGUGAAGAAAUUCCACAUCAUGUACUAAUUGCAAAAGUUACAGAUAACUGGCAUAAUCUGACGCCAGAGAAGAAACAGGUAUACUACGACAUGUAUGAAAGAGUGAAGGAACCAAUACCAAACAGCAAGUAUUCCAGUCAAGAAACGAAUGAAGAAUUGGUGCGUAAACAGUCUGAAGAAGCUGCUGUGGCAGCUGCGAAUCUUUUGGCUGAUGACAGCGACAUAAAUGUUAAACAGGAGAUGGAAACAUGAAAGGUGAUGCUUGAGUGAUUGCUUUGCAUGUGACUGUAAAUGGGUGAGUGUGUGUGUGUGUGUGUGUGUGUGCAUGGUUGGGGAUUGUGUUGCAAUUGAGGUGUACCCUCCACACACACACACACACAUACACUCAAACACAAAUUCAUAAAAAAUA